UACUCACACAAUGUGGGGAUGGUUGGAGGUGAGCAUGCUGGGUACUUACAGGAUGUGGGCAUGGUUGGAGGUGAGCAUGCUGGGUACUCACACAAUGUGGGGAUGGUUGGAGGUGAGCAUGCUGGGUACUUACAGGAUGUUGGCAUGGUUGGAGGUAAGCAUGCUGGGUAUUCACACGAUGAGGGUAUGGUUGGAGGUGAGCAUGCUGGGUACUUACAGGAUGUGGGCAUGGUUGGAGGUGAGCAUGCUGGGUACUCACACAAUGUGGGGAUGGUUGGAGGUGAGCACGCUGGGUACUCACACAAUGUGGGGAUGGUUGGAGGUGAGCACGCUGGGUACUUACAGGAUGUAGACAUGGUUGGAGGUGAGCAUGCUGGGUACUCACACAAUGUGGGGAUAGUUGGAGGUGAGCACGCUGGGUACUUACAGGAUGUGGGCAUGGUUGGAGGUGAGCAUGCUGGGUACUUACAGGAUGUGGGCAUGGUUGGAGUUGAGCAUGCUGGGUACUCACACAAUGAGGGCAUGGUUAGAGGUGAGCAUACAGGGUACUCACACGACGUGGGCUAAGUUGAGUGGCUUCUC